AUUGUCCAACCCGCAAUGGCUCGCGACAAGUUUGCUCGCCAGAGCCUCGGCGGCGCGCUCCACCAGCGCAUCAAGGAGUCGCGCAUCUUGAUGGUAGGAGCUGGAGGCAUCGGCUGCGAGCUCCUCAAGAACCUGGCGCUCACGGGCUUUGGUGAGAUCCACAUUGUCGACCUGGACACCAUCGACCUCAGCAACCUGAACCGCCAGUUUCUGUUCCGCAACGAGCACAUCAAGAAGUCCAAGGCGCUGGUUGCCAAAGAGUCGGCCUCCAAGUUCAACCCCAAUGUGCGCAUCAUAGCAUACCACGACAACAUCAAGAAUGACCAAUUCAACGUCGCGUGGUUCCAGAGCUUCCGCCUUGUCUUCAACGCGCUCGACAAUCUGGAUGCGCGCCGACAUGUCAACAGGAUGUGCCUCGCAGCCAACGUCCCUCUGGUCGAGAGCGGCACCACAGGCUUCAACGGCCAAGUCCAGGUCAUCAAGCGGGGCGAAACCGAAUGCUACGACUGCACGCCAAAAGACGCGCCCAAGUCGUUCCCUGUCUGCACCAUUCGAAGCACCCCGUCGCAGCCCAUCCAUUGCAUCGUCUGGGCAAAGUCGUAUCUGUUUGCAGAGAUCUUUGGCACCUCGGAAGACGAAGCGCCAGAGCUGGAUCACAGCGAGGACGCCGAUAAUGCCGAUGAAGUCGCCAACUUGCGCAAGGAGGCACAGGCAUUGAAGCGCAUACGCGACUCCAUGGGCUCCCAAGAUUUCCCGCGCAUGGUUUUUGAAAAGGUGUUCAAGGAGGACAUUGAGCGGCUGCGGAGCAUGGAGGACAUGUGGAAGAGCAAGCGAGCACCCGAGGCUCUUGAUUACGACAAGUUGAUGCAAGAGUCGCUGGGCGUCGGUCCCGCAAUCGCGCAACAAGACCAAGUCGUCUGGACCGUCGCCGAAAACUUUGCCGUGUUCGUCGAUAGCGUAAAGCGACUGAGCACCCGUCUGGAAGAGACACGCGCAAAUGCCGACAUUGGAAACGCAGCCCCCAUUCUCAGCUUCGACAAGGACGACGUAGAUACGCUGGACUUUGUUGUCGCAAGCGCUAACCUUCGGUCACACAUCUUUGGCAUCGAAACGCGGUCCAAGUUCGACAUCAAGCAGAUGGCCGGCAACAUCAUCCCCGCGAUCGCGACUACAAACGCUAUGACCGCUAGUCUGUGUGUUCUCCAGGCUUACAAGGUCAUGCGCGAACAGCUCGAUAAAGCUAAGAUGGUCUUUCUUACCCGCGGCACAGAGCGCGUCAUCUCGAGCGAAGCACUGCGGCCACCCAACCCACACUGUGCAACCUGCGGUGUAUGCUACGCUAUGCUCAACGUCGACACGAAGCGCGCGAAGUUGCGCGAUCUAGUAGACUACAUUCUGAAGGAGCAACUAGGAUAUGCUGGCGAUUUUAGCGUCAAACAUGAUGCCGACAUACUUUAUGACGUCGAUGAGGACAUCCAUCUCGAUAAGACAUUUGAGGAGCUGGGGCUCAAGGGCGACAACUUCAUCACAGUCUCUGAUGAUGCGGAGGAGAACACAAAAGUCGACGUUAUCUUCUCCAUCAUCAAGCAGGACUUCACCGAGAACGCAAAGCCUCUGCGGCUACCUGAGGAACUCGAGAUUGCGACCAAGCCCAAGCCACCGACCCCAGAAACCAAUGGACAUCCAACUGCCAACGGCACUGUUUCAAACGGCGUCUCGGCGGAUGCUGCUGACGACGGCACGAACGGCGCUCCGAAGCGAACAGCCACUGAGGCUGGUCUUGAGGAUGAGCUCAUCCGUAAAAAGGGCAAGGUCAUGGAAGAGUCAUCGAAAAACGACGGUGAUCACAUUGUGAUUCAAGACGACCCCAACGGUGCCAUUGUCAUUGAAGAUGACUGAGUGAAUUACUCGUCAAACAGCUUGGCUGGCGAGCGUAAUUGACCCAUCAUAUCCUGUCAUCUCCCAGAUGCCUUGGCCUCUCCGCACAGGUACCGAAAACAUAGGAUUUGGGUUCCUCGUUUCUCCGGUCUCCGCAUUUGUAUUUUGCAUGCGUUUGAGCACAAUUUCUCGGAUUGGUUUAAGAGCCCAUCGAUCCAAUCCUUCCGUGCAGCAAGCAGCCUACGCGCCUGCAACACCACAUAUAGAUUUCCCAACUCUGUACUAUAUACUACUACGUCUGCCACCUUAGUCAGCCAUUCACCAAAGGGAGGGCGUUUUCAACGGCGGGGCGCGACGGCAA